AUGAUUUUGUUUGGGACUUUUGAUUUCACCUGCAUUGGAGAAGUCUCUCUCGAGCUAUUUAGGAAAAUUCUCCCCCUCUCUUUCACAUGAGAAUCAUUCUCUCUCUCUCACUUGUUCAAAUUUGAGGCCCUGAAGCCACCCGUGAAGCUUACCCAUCAAUUAAUGGAGGUGGAUUCAGUACCAGACAAGCCUUGUGAUCCAUUCCCGAUGAUUGGGGCCUCUGAGCUUGCAGAAUUAUCGCAAAACAGUGGUUUUUGUUAUGAGUUUGUGGGGCUUCAAUGGCUAAGGUCUAGGGUUUUGCUGGUUGGUAUUGGAUAGUGACAACGCCCUACAGAAAAGGGAAGAGGAAUCUAGCCCUGGUUCGCCAUCAAACAUCAAGUACAGUAUGGAGCCAACUCUCCCACAUGGCCAGCUUGCAAGAAUUUGAAACCAGAAGCCUCCAAUUCAUGGUGCUCUUUGUGGGUCUCUGUGUUUUGCUUUCUGGCUGAGUGGGUCUCUCUUGUUUCAAUGAUUUGUGUGCACAUUUCAUCAGGAUAAAGCUCAACCUAACCGAAAAAUGAUGACACCAUCUUACGGGCGUUGAUAUUCUUGGCUUGGGUUUUGUUUUUGGUUUGUGUUUUGUUGGGUUUCCUGCUUUUCUGCCCCAGACCAAGGGAAAUGGCUGAAUUGUGUAGUAAUGAUUUGAGGAGUGAGAGGUUGUCUGGUUUUUAUUCCUAUUCGAGGAGUUUCAGGGCCACAAGCUGUAAGAAUUUGAAUUACAGGAAUGGAGAUGAGAGGCUUUUGCCCUCUAAGAGGGUAAUGUUUGAGAAUGUAGGAUCUUUGAAUGCGAAGAAGACCUCAGUUUCAGAAAAACAAUUUGGUAAUGGAGAUAACAGAAAAAUGGAGAAGAAGAAGAGUGGGCUUCCUGAUUCUAGGCCUGUUUCGCGCUCUUCUUCUUGUUCCAGUGAUUCAAAGCAACAUAAGAACAUGUAUUUGGGCUCCCCGAUAGGAAACUUAUACAUUGCAGGAACUGUAAAUCGAGAUAUCAGAAACUUUCCUUCAAAACCGAAGGUUUAUAGAAAUGAGAUUGUGCCAAACGAUGAGACCAAUCAACUGGCUUGUAAAGACUCAAACCGAUCGUUAUCAAACCAUCAUGUUUUGGGUUUUGGAAAGCGAAAUUAUGGACAUGGGAAUAUCAUCAAUGGGAUGGGAAAUAUGGAAGCUUCGAGAGCGAGAAGCAGUUCGAGUAGUGCUAAUACAAAGAAGGGAGAAUAUGUUUGUCUUGGUUCAGGAGGAACUCUCUCUAGUUUAAAUGCAGAGGAGUUGAAAAAUGCAGGCAAUGAUGCAUAUAGGAAGGGGUGCUUUGCCGAAGCUAUUGCAUUUUAUGAUACAGUCAUUGAUUUGUGCCCAAUGAAUGCUCCUUGCCAUAGCAAUAAGGCUGCAGCUUUAGCUGGCCUUGGGCGCAUUUCAGAAGCAGUGAAGGAGUGCCAGAAAGCAAUCAAAUUUGAUCCCUCUUAUUUGCGUGCUCAUUAUAGACUUGGAACUCUUUAUACUAGGUUAGGCAAGGUUGAAGAUGCUAGAUGGCAUUUCAAAUUAUCAGGAAUGCAAUCUGAUUCCGACAUGUCCAAACUUUUGGCUCUCGAAACCCAUUUGAUAAACAUAAGAAAAGCUCAAGGUGUUCAAGAUUGGAACAGGGUAUUGAUAUACAGCAGUUUGGCUAUAGAGGCAGGAGCUGAUUCUUCAUCUCAGCUGCUUGCUUUCAAAGCUGAAGCUCUGUUGAAGCUCAAUAAAGCAAAGGAAGCUCUUGAUGGUUUGGUGGCAGCAAAAAACAUAGAUAAUGAUAGAUUGACCCAAUUUUACCGAGAUGCUUGCUUGCUAAUCGUUGAGACACAGAUUUACAUGGCCUUAGGAAGGUUUGAGGAUGGAAUUAGAUCUGCUGAACAAGCAUUCAGCUUAGAUUGCAAACCUGAAUCUUUGAUGUGGCUAAGAAAGGCUCAAGCAGUGACUGGUGCUCGUAGGAGUGGGAACGAGUUUUUCAAAGAGGGUAAGUAUCUGGAGGCAUGCAUCUCCUAUGAGAAGGGAUUGGUGCAUGCCCCAACAAAUAGUAUUCUUCUGUCAAAUAGGGCAGCGUGCAUGUUGAAGCUUGGGCAGUGGGAGAAGGCCAUCAAGGAUUGUGAUUCAGCUCUCAUAAAUCAACCGAGCUAUACCAAAGCACUUCUACGACGUGCCCAUUGCCAUGCCAGACUUGAGCAUUGGGAGGAAGCUUUGAGAGACUAUGAAAUCCUGAGCAAGGAGAUGCCUCAAGACCUUGGUAUAGCCCGUUCUCUCUCUGAAAUACAAUUCGAGCUGAAGAAAUCCCAAGAAAGGGAAGCUCAUAAAAUGCAAUGUGUCAGAGAAGUCAUGAAUAUAUGCAACAAUGCCCAAUUCGUCAUUGCUAUCAAAUCAGCAGGUCUCAUGCUUCUGCAAUUCUUUAGAAAGUCAGAUGAGAGGUGUAGGCAGCUUUCAUCACUAGUUAAUGAGCUUUGCCAUCGAUACCCUUCUUGGAGCUUCUUAAAGGUGGAUGUUGAAGAGAACCCGGAUUUGGCAAAAUCCGAAAGAGUGAAAUUCGUGCCUGUGUUCAGAAUAUAUAAGAAUGGUCUUAAGCUGAGGGAGAUUCUGAGUCCAAAUCAACAGAUACUCGAGUUUGCUUUAAACCAUCACAGCCGGUGAGUUUCAUGCAUAUAUAAGUACACAUGCAUAUGUGACCAUGAUGCACAGUAGGAGAUACUACAAUGGGUUGGAGUGAUUAUACAUAGCAAUUGAAUCCUGUAUUUGAGAGAGAGAGAGAGAGAGAGAGAGAGAGAGAGAGAGAUGUGUAUUGGAAUUAAAUUGGUGCAUAUCAUAAGUGAAUUUAAAUAGAAGUAAAUGGAGGAUUUUAUAUUGUUUGGGAUUCAUAUAUUGUGGACUUUGAGCAGAGGAAUGCACGCACCAGCGGUGAAAUGGACAUGGGGGGUGUGAAAAUUUUAUCGAAUGAGCUCAUUGUAAACAUUACCAAAGUAAUUUAUAAUUUGAUGAACAUGAAAUUA